AUGGAGAAGCAUGAUGAUAAUGUAUGCUUAUCUUUACAACGAAUUGACCCUUUGUGUAAAAUAGUUUCGUGUGUGGUUGUAAAUGAUAGCCAAUAUAGUGUUGAAUUAAAAACUAAUUUUUCCGGUGACUGUGAAUCGGCAUGUAACGAUUGGCUACGCAAGUAUUCAACGGAGACAAAAACAGAUUGGAUCGUUAAUCGUACAUAUCCAAAAUUAACCAGAAUCGCCUUUCGCAAAGAUUUUGUGUGUCACCAUUCUAAAAGAAACAAAUCUAUUGAUACCAGCCGUUUACGCAAUAGAAAUUUUGACUGUUCUGCAAGCUUGGUAGUUCGAGUUAGAAAAAACACCGUUGAUACUACGAAGAGAGACGUUUUGAUGAAGGAAGUGUUUAAUGCAAUCAUAAAGAUUGAGGCACAUCAUAAUCAUGCCGUGCACGUUGCCGAAGCGUAUAGUUAUCUUAGAAUGAGCGAAGACACCAAAGCAGAUUUUUUGAAGUAUUUCAAUGAAGGUCUUACUCCUGCGGCAGCUAAAAUUUAUCAUGAGACGUGCUUGAUCGCAUCCUCAUCAGAGGAAGAAGAUGUAACGAAAAUGUUGGCAGAUGGGCAUAUUAAUCCGUUAGAUAGAAGUAUCUAUCAUUUUUACGAUAUGUGGAGGUCCAAUCAUUUUGGUGAUCGCACAAAGGAAAGCAUGAUCGAGGUAAUUAAAAACAAAAAUGCAUAUUAUACUGAAAAUAAUAUCACAGUGACCAUAAAAGAAGACCCAUUUAUUGUAUGCAUCGUAACACCACUUAUGAAAAGAGCACAUCAAGAAACAUUCAGUUCUGAAAUAAUUUUCGUCGACUCCACAGGUUCUUGCGAUCAAGCAGGAUCCUACUUAACAUUUAUUUUUGGAGCAUCCAAAAUAGGUGCUAUACCUCUUGGUUGUGUCAUUCAUCAAUCACAAAAUGAGGAAUGUUAUAAGGAAGCAUUUGAGAGCUUAAAACAGACUAUUGGAGAAACAGGGUUUAAUGGAAAAUUUCCUGCAGUUAUAAUGACUGACGACAGCGCAGCUGAACGGAAAGCAUUAGCUGCAACUUUUCCCCAAUCCAAGUUAUUGCUAUGCUCCUUUCAUAUAUGCCAAGCCAUGUGGAGAUGGCUAUGGGACUCAAAACAUAAUAUUGAAAAAUCCGACCGUAAACCCCUUAUGUUGGCAUUCCGAGAAAUUGUUUUUGAAAAGGAUGUAACCAAUACCGACGAAUUGCUAAACGAUUUUUUAAACAGCAGUCUACUGUUAAAAUAUCCCUCACUUAAGGAGCAUAUUGUUGGACUUUGGGAACGAAAGACUGACUGA